AUGACCCUUCCCCCUUGCCGAACUGGUGUGCAUUUCCCCAUUUUCCCCUUUUCCUUCCGCCCUCCGUCUCCCCGAAGCAAGGCUAAGGCAAGAAGCAAGCUCUCUCAAAAUCGUCAAGGAGGAAACAUGUGUUCUUUCUGCCGUGUAAUCGUGUUGGUUCUCGCCAUGCUGGCCACCGCCUGCGCUGUGUGUGCGAACAUCUUUCCUGUGUUCAAGAAGGGGAACGACGCUGCGACGGUAAAGCAGACACUGUGGUACAACCAGACGACCGUUUCAGGUGGCGUUGGUACCAAGGUUGAUGUGAGUGAGAGUUUGUGCGGGCAGUACAAGCUAUUUUUUCAGGUAUCAGAGGGCGCGGCUGUGGCUGCGGCAGGAAUUGGCCUCGUCGUCGUGUUAUUUGUGAUUAUUCAGAUGAUUUUUCAGAGAAUUUGUUGCUGCUUGGGGUGUGUCACGUCCUUGUUGAUUUCCAUUGCGUUUGUCGCGUGUGUGGUGUGUCUGGCGCUUAUUGUGUAUGGGUACAUGAGGGGUUACUGCCAGAGCGACGCCGUGUUAUCCUCGCAGUACGGUCCCUUUAAGGAUCAGGGCUACAAGUUUUCCGAGGCCUUCUACCUCAUUUGCGUCGCCUGUGUUUUCUUUUUUGUUUCCAGUUUUUUCCAGUGCUGUGCUUAG